CUGGCCAUGGGGCUUGGUGGGGAACAGUCCUGGCUGCUGAUGCCACUCUUGCUGCUGCUGACCCAUGUCCAGCCCAGGAUGGGCCUGGAGCGCAUCAGCUAUGUGCCUCAGCUCUCAAGUGCCAGCCUGGCGGGGAAGAUCACCCAGGCCACCUUCACGCUGGAGCAGCCCUGGGGCCAAUUCAGUCAUCUCAGCAUCUCUGACUUGGACCCCAUCUGGCUGGUGGUGGCCCACAGCAAUGCCACCCAGAACUUCACUGACCCCCAGAAUAUAGAGGACAUCCCCACCCCUGCCAGUUUCCUCCAGAGGGGCUACUACCUCACGCUGAUGGCCAACCGAGCACUCUACCCGGGCGGCCAGGCCAGCAGCCAGCUCCGUGUCCUCCGCGUUGGCAACGAUACCCGCUGCUCCCCAAUGACAAGGGGCUGCAACCACCCCCUGCCAGGCUUGGGGCCCUACAGGGUGAAGUUCCUGGUGAUGAGUGACAGGGGACCUGUGGCUGAGACAGAGUGGUCCAGUGAGAUCCAUCUGCAGCAAGCCCAGGCAUUCUGGGCUGCCCCAGGGCCCCAGAAUGCAGGCACCUUGGUCAUCAUCGCCAUCUUGUUGGUCCUGCUGGCUGUCCUCUUCGUUGCCCUCCUGGCUCUGCUCAUACACACCUGCAUGGACAGCUGCAGGAGCACUGCCAUUUCACACCCUGGGGAGCCAGUGAGUGUGACAAGGUACACCACCCACCACACCUUCAAUCCUCCAGUCGUAGGAGGCUCCUGA